AUGAGCGGCCGCGGAAAAGGAGGUAAAGGACUCGGGAAAGGAGGCGCCAAGCGUCACCGUAAAGUUCUCCGUGACAACAUCCAGGGCAUCACCAAACCCGCCAUCCGCCGUCUGGCUCGUCGCGGCGGUGUGAAGCGUAUCUCCGGUCUGAUCUACGAGGAGACCCGCGGAGUGCUCAAGGUGUUUCUGGAGAACGUGAUCCGUGACGCAGUGACGUACACCGAGCACGCCAAGAGGAAGACCGUGACCGCCAUGGACGUGGUGUACGCCCUGAAGAGACAGGGCCGCACUCUGUACGGCUUCGGAGGUUAAACACCUGAACCCCAACACAACGGCUCUUUUAAGAGCCACCCACCGGCUCUGAAGCGCAAACUUCAAC